AUGCUGAGCCUCAACCUCUUCGCACAGAAAGCCAAGUCGUAUCGUCGUUUGUCAACCUCGACCGAGGGAGAAGGCGACACAUGCAUCUCUCCAGGCGUGUCCGCUCAGAAAGAGGAACAUGAUGCAGAUGAAGGCUUGCUGCUCGCUAAAAGGCUCCGACGGCCCUGGCAUUGGUCCUGCAUGCACAUGUGCGGAUACCUCUUCGUUGCUCUGCUAAGCUUUUCCAUCGGUCUCGGCCUCAGCCAACUGUUCACUUUGGAGAAGGAUGUUGAUGGGUUUAUUGCACAAUGGGGCAGUUCGCACCGUAAUAUUGACAACGUGUGGUGGUCGGCUAACGCCAGCUUCGCCGCGGAGCCUAGCCUCGAGACGCAAAAGACUUGGGAGAGCAUCAUGCCGCAAGGUCGAGGCUUCAUUCAACACCCCAAGUUAACAAAAGAUGGAGAGGUAAAAGCUAUUGCCGUGUUUCAUGAGAUACACUGUCUGCACGGUCUUCGAACAGCCUUCUACAAGAACGCAUACCAGCUCGCCAAACUCCAACAUCAGCAACCUCAAGCAAGAUCGCUUCCUAACACCGGCUCUCCCCAUAGCGAACCCGAAUCAUCCUCCGAACAUCACGUCGGACACGGCCAUGACCAUACGUCCCCUACAGUGUUCAAGCCGAACCCAUUCAUAGAGGCUCUUUUGUCAGCCAAAGAUGAGGACGACGAUCCUGGCCACAUCACUCACUGCUUUGAGUACCUGCGUCAAGCACUCAUGUGUGCUGCUGAUACCAAUCUAGAAGUGACUCACCAGAUGGUUGGUGAAGAUGGAGAGGAGUUCAUCGGGACCGAAGGUUGGGAUACAGCGAGGGUAUGUAGGGACUACGAAGCGGUCAAGGAGUGGGCGGAAGCGUGGAGGGCGGGAGAUGCUGGUGGAAUCAUCUGA